GGAGGGACCCACCCGGCCUUCCCGAAGUAGUGCUAUGCAAAUUCCCCACGACCAGGAAGUAAGCGGCCAGCUCUCGGGCCCCCUGCGGCCGCCGGCGGUGGAAAGUCGCCUCAAGUUCCUCUCUCGCAGGAGGGCGACGCUGGCCGGUGGGAGCAUGAGCUGCUGCGGCGCUUCUCCUCCUCCUCCUCCGACGUGCUUUCAGUUCCUCUCCCGCUGAGGCGAAAAGGUGUCGCUUCGCGCGCCGCGCCGGGCUGGGUGUGGGUCGGUCUCGCUGGCUCUCAAUCCCCGCAGCCUUUUUUGGGGGGGGAGGGGCUGAAACGACCGAGUGGACUUGGGUGGCCGAGGUCGCACUGCCCCGCUCCGGCACGGAAAUAUGGGAUGUAUAGAAUCGAAGAGAAAAGAGAGUCUGCCAGGAGAUGAGAAGAGCCAACCAGUACGUAAAACUGAACGAACUAUUUAUGUGAGGGAUCCAACGUCCAGUAAACAACAAAGGCCAGCAAAUGUUGAUGUACUUCUGCCAGGUCAGAGAUUUGGUAAAGAAGAUGAUGAUGAACAUCGAGAUAUUGUAGUAUCCCUUUAUCCUUACGAUGGCAUUCAUGAAGAUGAUUUAUCUUUCAAAAAAGGAGAAAAAAUGGAAAUUCUGGAGGAGCAUGGAGAAUGGUGGAGAGCUCGGUCCCUUUUAACCAGGAAUGAAGGCUUUAUCCCAAGCAAUUAUGUCGCAAAGGUCAACACAUUAGAAACAGAAGAAUGGUUCUUUAAAGACAUAACAAGGAAAGAUGCAGAAAGACAACUUCUAGCACCAGGAAAUGCUCCUGGGGCAUUCCUUAUCAGAGAGAGUGAAACCUUAAAAGGUAGCUAUUCUCUGUCUAUCAAGGAUCAUGAUGCACAGCAUGGUGAUGUUGUAAAGCACUACAAAAUCAGAAGUCUAGACAAUGGAGGGUAUUACAUAUCUCCAAGAAUUACGUUUCCCUCUAUCAGUGACAUGAUCAAACAUUAUCAAAAGCAACCAGAUGGCUUGUGCAGAAAACUGGAAAAAGCAUGCAUCAGUCCCAAACCACAGAAACCAUGGGAUAAAGAUGCCUGGGAGAUCCCAAGGGACUCAAUAAAAUUAGUGAAAAAGCUUGGAGCGGGUCAGUUUGGAGAAGUCUGGAUGGGUUACUACAAUAACAAUACAAAAGUAGCUGUGAAAACUUUGAAGCCUGGCACCAUGUCUGUGCAAGCAUUCCUAGAAGAAGCCAACCUCAUGAAAACACUUCAACAUGACAAGUUGGUCAGACUGUAUGCUGUAGUCACCAAGGAGGAACCUAUUUAUAUAAUAACUGAAUACAUGGCAAAAGGCAGCUUGCUGGAUUUUCUGAAGAGUACAGAGGGUGGAAAAUUACUACUUCCAAAGCUCAUUGAUUUCUCAGCUCAGAUUGCAGAAGGGAUGGCAUACAUAGAGCGAAAAAACUACAUACAUCGAGAUCUGAGAGCAGCUAAUGUUCUAGUUUCAGACUCACUUAUGUGCAAAAUUGCUGAUUUUGGACUUGCUAGAGUAAUUGAAGAUAAUGAAUAUACAGCCAGGGAAGGUGCCAAAUUCCCCAUCAAAUGGACAGCACCAGAAGCCAUUAACUAUGGUUCCUUCACUAUUAAAUCAGAUGUAUGGUCUUUUGGAAUUCUUCUGUAUGAAAUCAUUACAUAUGGGAAAAUCCCUUAUCCAGGUAUGAGUAAUUCUGAUGUAAUGGUAGCUCUUCAGCGUGGGUAUCGCAUGCCAAGGAUGGAAGCCUGCCCAAUUGAGCUCUAUGAUAUCAUGAAAACAUGCUGGAAAGAUAAAGCAGAAGAGAGACCAACAUUUGAAUAUUUGCAAAGUGUCCUUGAUGAUUUCUACACAGCGACAGAAGGACAAUACCAGCAGCAGCCUUAGAGAAAGAAGGAACUGCUCUGCCUUCCUCUGAUUGGUGUAAACCUCGUAAUAGGACAAUGUGGUUCAGCCAGUUACAUUUAUGCACUGGGACAUCUGUAUCUCUUGCACUUCCUGAACAGAAGCCUGCAGCUCAAGUAGACAAUGCAAAAUAUCAACAGCCUGCUUAAGGUUUAAAGUCUUCUACUGAUGAUGCUUUCUUUGUAUUUUGCUUAAAUAAACUUCUCAAUAAAACAAAUGUUGAUGCAUCACUGAAAGAUCAAAAAGAGAAGCCAUCCCUAUGCAAACAGAUAUAGAAAGACAGAGCUGCAACUGUAAUGAAGAGACACAAAAGUUCAUGACAUAAUUGGAACUUAACAGCAAGUGGCCAAGAACAUUAUGCAUCCUGAAAACAGCUUGUUAUGGAGCCAAACUAGAUGUUGUACAGGAGAUGCAAGAACAACCCAUGUUAGUCUUUGUUCUGUUUAAAGAUUAUCUGAAAACUAGCUGAGGUCAUAAUAGGGAGCAAAGAGUGAAUAAUCUUUUUCUUUCUCCACUAUUUCUUCACUCUAAAUUCCCCUUUCUUAGAUGCUUGCAGAUAUGCAGAAUAGAAUGUAUGGGGCCACAAACAAAGGAGGGUAAGUUUAACCACUCCCCCAACCUCCUCAAAGUGGCAACCUGUAUGCCUAUAUCUCUUGUAACAUCUAGUUUGGUCUUCAGCUUCCAGAAAGUUCUUUCCUUUACUCCUGCUAAAUGUAGGGUGGAUUUUUUUGGGGGGGGGGAAGGUAAACUUUAAAUGGCUGCUGUUGCAUUGAUUUUAGUGUUAAGAUUAAAGAAGGUAAUGUGGUGUUUCAUUGUAAUGUUGAUGUAGUGUGGUAAAUGGGCACUAGAAAAAAUAAUGUCCUAUUUUCAGUAGGUAAUUCAGGUGUGAAGUCAUGUGUCACACAUUUCAUCCCUUCCUUUUUGUAUGCCAAAGCAGUUUAUCAUUCAAAGAUUUUACAUGUAGAAUCCUAUAUCCAUAUAUAUCUGUGCAUGAAUGUAUAUGAAUUUUGGAUUCUACACUUAGGGCCCUUGAAAAACUAUAUAUAUCAGGAAUCAAUGAAUCUACAAAAAUCUCUACAUGGUUUAGAUUUUUUAAAAUAGUAAAUUGAUAACAUUUACUAAAGUAUUAAUAGUCUUAAUAAAAUCUUUUCUGUUGAAGGUUGUCCUUUUGGAGGCAGCAGUUUCAAACACAUAAUUAAACAUGCUGUGGUUAACUAAUGUCGAAAAGGAUGGUUUCAUUUUAGUAUGGUCUUCAGCAGUGCUUUCUGAAUGUACAGGUACUAUCCAUUGGUGUUCUCAUCCUUGGCUAUGUAGCAGAUUCCCAUAUCUCUAAUAUGGUGUUCAAUGUAAAAAGCACAGCAAUGGUACAACUAUUCUUGCAUAUAUUACAUAGGUUGAAGGGAAAAUGUACUUGAAAAUCUGGCUUGUAAUCAGUUCCAGUAAGAGACAUAUCAAGCUGUGAAUUGGAUGACAGAACACCAGAAUACUCAGUGCCUUAGCCUAUCUCUAUUGUUUUAUUUUCCUCUAAGAACUGAAAAAAUGUUAUGAAGGGGUUUUCUAAAUUUUAAAGUUCUAUAGAAGAUCACAAUGUUUAUGCUCAGCUGCAGAAACCAAUAUUAUUGUUGUACACAUGCCAUUUCCUGUUUUUAAAUGAAGAGAUCCAGUUUGCAGACUGUAACCAGAUCUUCAUUAUGUAAAUACUUAUUUCAGUUUCACCUUGAUUUUAAUAAAUAAGCACUCUUGAAAUGUUGAA